GCACACGAUUCCAGCAUCUCGUCAUACCAGCCAACACCAGCCAGCCCACCAGCCAGCCACUCAGGUCAGGCGCUUCCGACUCCCAGCCCCCCCAGCCAUGAGCCAAGAUGCGAUCUCACGGUGCUAUGCGAGAUGAUGAGGUGUCCGGUGCAGCCUGGGAGGCGACAUGGGGUGCCGUCUAUGGCGCCGUGAAAUGGGGCGCCUUCACGGGAAUCCUUGGUGGAAUCGGGUAUCUCACGUCCCCCAUCUACAGAGGCCUGACCAUUCAGUUCAAAGUGUACCUUCAGAUGUCUGGCAUGGUCGUCGGGUCUAUGAUCGAAGCAGACUACUGGAUGCGGCAGUACGAGGCUCGUGUCAGGAUGCAGCGACGGCUUGAUAGGGACAGGGCAGCGUGGCAGCGGUUUGAGGAGGAGUAUGGAAAGGAUGAUGACGAUUGAGAAGAGCACGGAUUGGAUGAAUGGGUUUCCAGGAAGGAAGCCACAAUGUCUCAUUAUAGACGCCUUGUAAGGACCCUUUCAUGUACAUUAUCAGAUGUAAAAUCAAGCAAGCAUCGACC